CGUGCCGUGUGUGCACGUGAGUGAGUGUGUUGUCUAUAUAACCCACACUGUGAAGCUGCAGUGGAGCUCAGAUUUCAGACACAGCAGCAACUAAGGGAGCAGGAGAAAGAAGUGAGCUGCCUGCAAGACUAUCUUUUCAUUUUCUGCCUACCUGUGCUGUCUUCUACCGACCAGCUUGAACCAUGGCCAGAAACCUGCUGAAGAACAACUGUGGAGAUGAGCAGAUGGACCACUGGGAGCUGACAGAGAAUGGUGGGAGCCAGUGGAAGGUGGAUGAGUUGCCAGGAGACUGUGGCCAUGACUUCUCUGAUGAUGGAGUGUCCAAGUACUUUAGCACCUCUUUUGAACUGUGUUUGAAGAGACAGGUGGUAGAUCUGCUGGCAGAGGGAUACUCUAUUGAUGAGCUGGAUGUGAAUCCAGCUGUCAUUGUGGAGGACUGGUAUAGUGGGAGGACAGACUGUGGCUGCAUCUACCAACUUACUGUAUGUUUAUUAGAUGAAAAUGAGGAAGUUCUGCAAGAAUUUAAACCUGACCCUGUAACCCUGGAUCCUGAUUGUGAUGACUGCUCCUGGAGACAGGUGAGCCACACAUUCUCUGACUAUGGCCCCGGACUGCGCUUCAUCUCCUUUGAACACGGAGGGCGGGACACCAAGUACUGGGACGGCUGGUUCGGAGUCCGAGUCACAGCGAGCUCUGUCACUCUAGAAGCCUGAGAGAGGGAGGAGACUAGGGGAAUGGACGGAGACGGUGGGCCUGUAAACGGGUGAAGGGAGUUGGCAAAAAAGGGAUGAAGAAUUAAGAGGGAAUGGGUUGAGAGGACCUGUGACCCCACACUAUCUUACCAAACUUUAGAAAUAACUUACUAAGAUCAUAUUUCGCAUACCCGCAUAUUUCGCAACUGCUUUUGAAAAAUAUGCAAGAAGGAACACUUUCCAGUUUGGAGCCUUAUCUAGCUCGUGAUAACAUAUUAGUCAAUUAUUUGAUUGCAUCUUGGCUCUAAAAAUGUGUUAAUGGAUGACUAACUACUAGCUACUACCUCUAUCUAACUAUCAGUUUAUACCAAUUAACAACUUUCAUUUAAACCUAUGGGUGUGAGGAAAGGUAAAGUAUCAUUAGUGAAUCAAUACAGCGUAUUUUUGUUAAUUAGAUCAGUAGUGUAAAGACCACCAUCUCUAUUAGGGCUAUUCAGAUUCCACACUAAUCAAUCAGGGCAGUUCAUCAUAUACAUCAUGGACAGUUGCAUUCCAAAUAAUAAAACCUUUACCAAAAAAUGGUUUG